AUGAGAGUUGCAGCAAAUCUUUCAACUAUGUUUCAAAAAGUUGAACUGCUGAAAAGAUAUGAAAAAGCAGCUUCACUGGGAUUCAAAUGCGUUGAAGUUUCAUUCCCUUACUCGGUUUCUGCAGAAGAACUGCGGAGCGAGGCUGACAGAUAUCAUCUGCAACAUAUCUUGAUUAAUGCCCCUACAGGAGAUAUGAACAAAGGAUUUCGAGGGAUUGCAUGUUUGGCUGAGCAUAAAGCUGAAUUUGCGGAAAGUAUUGAGACGGCUGUUCGUUAUGCAAACACCCUUGGAUGUAAAAAGAUUCAUGUAAUGGCAGGAAUUGCCAAAUUCAAUGAAACUACAAGGGGACUUUAUGUAGAGAAUUUAUGUUUGGCGGCAGAAAGAUUUGCGAAAGACGGCAUACUAUGUCUUAUAGAGCCAAUCAACCCUGUGACUAUGCCAGGAUACUUUUUGCACAAUUACGAUGAUGCUGUAGCAAUCAUCGAAGAGAUAAACAAGCCGAAUUUGAAGAUUAUGCUGGUAAGAUUACUGGUAUUUAUUUUUAAAAUUGUGCCAAAGGUUGCAAUUAAAUUGUGUAUAGCUUUAAGUCAUAUAAUGAUUGACAGGGUCUAUACAACUUUUAAGGACGUUUUUCACGCCCAGCAAAUAUGCGGAAACUUAGGCUACACAAUAAAAACUCUUCGUGAACGAAUAGGCCACAUCCAAGUAGCCCAAGUUCCAGAACGUCAUGAACCUGAUACUGAUGGAGAGAUCAAUUAUGAUUAUGUAUUUCGAAUAUUGAAAGAAUGUGGAAGUUGGGAUAUUGGUUGCGAAUACAUGGAAACCAGUAGUACAGAAGAUUCACUACGAUGGGUACAAAAAUUUAAUUUAUGUUUUUAG